AUGGCGGACUCGGCAUCCCGGCGUGCGCUGAGCAUCCCCGAAAUCCUUCUCAAUAUACUAAACGGAUGCACCAAAGACACUCUCCUCGCCGCCGUCCGCGUCAACAAACUCUGGUUUGACUGCGGCAUCGGCGCGCUCUGGGGCUUGAACGACUUCCUCGAGACGGCGGCCCAGCUGGCGGCGAUAAAGGGCAAAGAGCGCCGCCAGCUCUACGCCAACUGCAUCAAGGAUCUCAGCGUCCACGAGCAAAACACGCACCUCUACGCAGGGCCGCUCAAGGCCGUCGAGUUCCCGGCGUUGAACUUCGUGCACCUUGAACACAGCAGACCGGGCCAGGCCUGGCUGUUUUCCCGCGUCUUCACGCCUACCGUAAAAGUCCUGAAACUGUUUGCGGUGAAGCUGGGUGAUUAUGGUAUGCCCGCCAUUGCCUCCCGCAUGGGUCACCUGACGCAUCUGAUGAUGGGUGGCUCGGGCUGCUACGCAGGCGGAAUGGCCGCGUUCCUAGGCGCAUGUCGCUCGCUCCAGUACCUGGACGUUCAUGGCGUGUACCAGAUUGCGCGCCAGUUUCCUACCGAGUGCUUCAUCGUGCUCGCCUCGCUACCCAGUCUUGAGGUACUGCAUUACGAGGGAGACCUGAGCGCGGACUCCAUUACAAGGGCGGCCACGGUGGUGGCCGAGCCCUUUAUCGCUUUGAAGCUGGUAGUCUUCAAGGUUCAGCCGCAAAAAGUGCCAGGGCUGCUGCACGGUAUAGCACAGCUCCCGCAGCUUUGCUCCUUGCAGCUGGAUCUGGACUGUAAGAUGCCAGAUUUGAGAAACUUGUCCCAGUUGCAGAAACUUCGCAGCUUCGCGCUGAUGUUCAAGUCAGCGCCGCGCAUGAGAAAGGAGGAUCUGGCACCAGUGAAAGCCCUGACUGCUUUGGAAUACUUGACGAUAGACGCUGAGAAUUGGUUCGAGGGUCUUAUAAACCCUGGCAUGCCCGACUUGAUGAAGGAGAUGGACCUGCAAGAACUCGUUUUGGGACUGGGAAAGCUCCACAAACUACGCCUCACACCCAAGGCCGAUAUUGGCGUGACGUUUCUACAACAUCUAGCAAAAUACUGCCCCUUGCUCACAAGUUGCGCCAUGCUGACUCUGACUUUGUCUCUGCGAGAGCUCGAGGGAAUAGAGCCAAUUGCCCCGAACAAAUGGUUUUGCCAGGCCUUGUCCGUGGGCCUCGUGGAGAAUAAUUUCAGGGAGGAAGCUGACAUCGACUCGGCCGUGGCCUUGAUUCUUGAAAAGCUGCCGACAGUCCGACGCUUUGACUUUUUGCCAUUCGACUUUACCGUCCCCGGACUUUUGGAUACAGACUCAUUGAUAUACAAAUUCCAGCAGGCUUUGAACUUUGCCAUUCGAGCUCUGCCUGGCUGA